GAGGAGAAGGGAGAGUCUAGCGUUCCGGACACCCGACGUUUCGCUUAGCGGCCAGGAGAGGUCGUAAAGAGCGGGAAGACGGACUCUGGAGGCGACCAGCCCGGCCAUGGGCAACUCAGCGCGGAAGGGCCGAGUUGUCCACCAGGCACCCGAGGAGCAGCGGAGCAGCGCCACGCCCUUCGAAGCCACCAAAAAUGUUACUCAGAAGGCAUUCCAUAUUUAUGGCAAAGGAAAAAAUGUGGAGGCUGCUAUUAAUAAGAAAGACUGGAAAUUAGCGAUCCAGACACUCAUUGAUGAAAAUAGUGUCAUGAUUUUCAGCGAUACCACCUGCAAAUUCUGUGCAAAGGUGAAGGAUCUGUUCAAGUCCACAGGUGUUUCUUAUUUCGUUCUUGAACUUGACCAAGUUGAGCAUGGGCAUCAACUGAGAAACGCGCUCUUUGAACUUACGAUGGAGCCUUCCUUGCCUGCCGUGUUUGCCCGACAGCAGUAUGUAGGAGGCUACCACCAGACUGUGAAGACACACCGUGAAGGAGGUUUUCUUAAACUACUUGAAGGGAACAGGCAAAUGAAACAGGCUUCAUAUGACUAUGAUCUAAUUGUCAUUGGAGGAGGUUCUGGGGGACUGGCAGCUUCAAAGGAAGCAGCCAUACUUGGCAAGAAUGUAUUGGUCCUGGAUUUUGUCGUCCCUACUCCUUUAGGAACAACUUGGGGUCUUGGAGGAACUUGUGUAAAUGUAGGCUGCAUCCCUAAAAAGUUGAUGCAUCAGACAGCUUUGCUUGGGCAAGCCAUAAAGGAUGCACCUGCAUUUGGAUGGCAACUUGGUGACAAACCCAUAAAGCACACCUGGAGCUCUUUGACAGAUGCUGUUCAAAAUUAUAUAGGCUCUCUGAAUUGGGGAUAUAGAGUGUCCCUCCGAGAGAAUAAGGUCACAUAUGAAAAUGCUUAUGGAGAGUUCAUUGGACCACACACAAUUAAGACAACAAAUAAUAAAGGGGUAGAGAAAAUUUACACAGCAGAAAGAUUUCUGAUUGCCACUGGAGAAAGACCUCGCUAUCUGAACAUUCCAGGAGACAAAGAAUAUUGCAUCACCAGCGAUGACCUUUUCUCACUACGUUAUUGCCCAGGAAAGACAUUGGUGGUUGGAGCUUCUUAUGUUGCUCUUGAAUGUGCAGGAUUUCUUGCUGGACUUGGUUUAGAUGUGACUGUCAUGGUGCGUUCCAUUCUCCUGAGAGGCUUUGAUCAAGAUAUGGCAAAUAAAAUAGGAGAGCAUAUGGAAGAGCAUGGUAUAAAGUUCAUAAGAAAAUAUGUUCCCACUGAGAUUGAACGGAUCAAGGAAGGAACUCCUGGACUGUUAAAAGUUACAGCUCAGUCUACAGAGAACUCUGAAAUAAUUGAAGGAGAAUACAACACAGUGUUGCUAGCAAUAGGAAGAGAUGCCUGCACAAAAAACAUUGGACUACAGAAAGUUGGAGUGAGGAUCAAUGAAAAUACAGGAAAAAUCCCUGUUAAUAACAAAGAACAAACAAAUGUGCCUUAUAUCUAUGCUAUUGGAGAUGUCCUGGAAGGCAAACCAGAACUCACCCCGGUGGCAAUUCAGGCGGGUAGGCUGUUGGUGAGGAGGCUUUAUGAUGGAGCAUUCACAAAGUGUGAUUAUAUAAAUAUCCCCACUACAGUAUUCACUCCUUUGGAAUACGGAGCCUGUGGUUACUCAGAAGAAAAAGCAAUUGAAAGAUUUGGCAAUAAUAGGAUUGAGGUUUACCACAGUUACUUCUGGCCGCUGGAGUGGACAGUCCCAUCCAGGGACAACAACAAAUGCUAUGCAAAAGUUAUUUGCAAUCUUGCAGAUAGGAUAUUCACCACAUUGUCAGUGACAAAGCGUUCUGGUGGAAAUGUUGUUCAAUCUGGAUGCUGAGGUUAAAGUCACCCGCUGUUUGCCAUUGCCAAAGACUGACUUUCAUCACCGUUGCAACCUUCAGAAGUCCGUAGCUGGGAAGUAAGAAAGCUUUAAGACCUGCUUUCCUUCAGCCGGCAGAGGAGCAGGUGAAGAACACUGAAAGCUGCAAAUUAGUUGUGAUGAUCGCAUGGCAACUGGCACGACAGCGGGAUGGACUCAUGAUCAAGAUGCUGCUGGCAAGGCAUUGGCAAGAUGCUUCCAUGAAGUCAUAGCCUAAAACCAGUGUCUCUGGUAGGCAAUGAUGGAACAAUUGCCAGCACACCUUGAAAUUAACUCUUUCUCUCAUUGGAAUAAAGAGACUUCUCUUCACUUUCGUUAUUUUUAUAGACCCUCCAAAACACAAAUCUAUCUGGACUUCUACAGAAACAAGUGACCAAGUUCUGAAGAAAUAAAUGUGUUUCUAAUAUGUAACAGCAGAUCACUGUGCCCUCUCAGAUUCUGUAAAAUUGAAAGGGAUACUGUGCUAUUCCCGUUUAGAAACUGUGCUGUAUCUCUGAUGCUAAUUACACUGAGUCAUUCAACAGGAAAAACUCCCCCCCCCCUCCAUCAAAGCAAACCAUGUCUGAAUUAUUUAUAUAAAAUACUAUAUAGAAAGAGAUCUAUAAAUAUGUUCCUGAAAGCU